CCGACCGGUAACGGCUACGGAGAAGGGAGAAGAUCCGGUGAUCCCAGCCCUGUCGCCUCCUCUUCACCCUUCCGAACCGCAGGUCUGUGUGCUGUGUGUGCAUCAUGACUCGUCUGCUCGUCGUGUUCGCUGCCCUGGCAGCAGCAAUGCCAGCAUCAGCGAAGAUGUGGAUGGCCUGCAAUCCAAUGAAUCAAAUUGAUGAACCGCUCCUGAGGGACUCUACGCCGACGGUAAGGGUCAGGCAGGCGGCCAAACAACCAAUACGCCCAACCAACCCAGGACGUGGUUUGCGGUGUCUUGUUCAGGAAAUGUUGCUUCACGCGGUAGCUGGGAUGCGGAUGGCCAUUUGGACCACGUGUCUGUCUGAUUUGUGUCUGUGUAUCUUUCCCUUGCAGUGUGACCUUAGUGGUACGGGAAGAGGCGAACCUGAACCAGUGUUGGUGGCUGCAAAUGAGGACACCGGAGAGGUUGAGAAUGGAUCCGGUAGGUCUCUGCACGCCGUAGUGGAUACAGGCGGAUAUGAGCUGACACCACGAGCUCUAAUGUCUUUUUGUCUGGCUGUCUUCUGUGUCUGUGUGUCGGUGCAGGGGCGAUGGGCUGCGGACAGAAUAACAUGCUGGCCAGCGUCGCGGCCGAGGAGAUCCUCGACGGGACCGGCAGGGUCACCCGCAGCAGUCUGGCCCAAGUGGACAUUAUGCCCGAGCAGGAGCUGAGCAACACCUAUGAGCGCUUCAGGUUCAUCAAGAUGCACACAUACAAGGUAGGGAGGUACCGACGGCAUGCAUAGCGAGCAGGCCAAGGCAGCGAUGGAGGGGGUGGGUGGGAUGGAAUGAUCUCCCUCGGUGUGUGCUGUCACACUGACAGCGUAAGGUGGCCGGACGUGGGCUUCAAGGGGGGGCGGAGACCCCAAUCACGGGCGUCAUUGGCGAGGAGCUUAAGGUGGGUGCGAUGGAGCAGCCCGAGACCACCGUUCCUCUUCACUCGGCUCUGUCCGUUGAUGUGUCUGAUGUGUCUGUCUUUUGGGCGUCCCAUCCACACAGGCGAUCUUCCCUGACACGGUGAUAACUAAUCGAGCACACCUCGUGGGCACCCCAGAGCCCGAGGAGAGCAUCCAUGUGAACCAAUACGCUCUCCUCUACAAGGUGGAUAGCACACACGCGUCAAUCAAGGCUUCACAUGUAAUGUGUGUAUCCGCGUCCCUCCUUUGCUGUGUGUUGUGUGUUCGCUUGUGUGUACGUGGCAGACAAUGAUAGUCGCCCAGCAGCUGCAGACGCGCAGCGACAACCAGGCCAAGGCCAUCGAAGCGCUGGAAGCCGAGAUCGCGGCCCUCAAGGCUCAGCGCGCCCUUCGCUAAGUAGUCGGUAGAUCCAUCCAUCCAUCCAUGGUGUGUGAUGGGUGGGGUGUAUGUGGUCCAUCAAUGUGUGCAUGCGGGAUGCGAUGGUUGUGUGAUUUUUGCAAUCAUCUCGACUGGCAAGCACUGAGUCUGCCCCAUACAUGGGGUCGAUAUGGGCGGGCAAGUCGUGUGGGCGUACUGUGGCUUACUUGCGCUACGUGUGCUGCCUUGGUUGUCUGUGCAUUGUGUCACUUUACUGUGGCUGACUCAUCCACUUUAUUUGUGCAACUGUGAUUUUUGGCUGGACAGAUGGCCGUCCACACCGUUGGGUGCCGUGUGUGUGUGUGUGUGUUGACUGGCUGGUCAGUCAGCGGUCCUCCGAAACAGGGAGGUGCUGAGGUACCUGCGCAGAUCGGCAGACACACACAGUGCCACGUGCCUGAUGCAUUGGAUGGAUGGAUGAUGUGUGUGAGGGAGAUGCGACGUGUGACACAGUGGGCCAUUGCAUUGCCGGGGCGGGACGCACAGACACAUGGGGAUGAGAGCACUGAAACCAUCAGAAGGAAGCAACAAUGUCCUCCCCUCCGAUGAACAAUCCAUCACACACUGAAUGUUG